UGGAUGUUUCCGGAACCAGAACUUCGAGCAGAAAAUAAUCUGCUGAAUUUAUCCUAAAAUAUCCACAACGAUGGAGCAGAACCGGGCCGAGGAGGAGAACCGGGACCGGGACCAGCAGGAUCAGCAGGAUGUGGACCAGAACCAGAACCAGGACCAGGACCAGGACCAGGAGAGUCCCGGGACCAGAACCAGGACCAGGGCGGGUUCUUCCUCUGCGGGUCUGCAGGUACCGGCUCAGGUACCGGCUCAGAAACACGAGGGCAAACGGAGACCGAGGAGUUUCCAGUGUGACCAGUGUGAGAAAGUCCUGAGCACUUCGGCCAGCUUGAAGAUCCACCGGAGGAUUCACACGGGCGAUAAACCGUACGGCUGCGACCGGUGCGGCGCCGCCUUCGCCCAGCAGAGCAACCUGCGCAGUCACCAACGCAUCCACACGGGGAAGAAACCGUUCAGCUGCGACCGGUGCGGGGCGGCGUUCACCCAGCAGGGUCAUCUCCGGAGACACCAGCUCAUUCACACGGGCGAUAAGCCGUACAGAUGUGACCGGUGCGCGUCAGCGUUCACCCGCUACGGCGACCUCAAGGCUCACAAGCGCAUCCACACCGGGGAGAAGCCGUACAUCUGCGACCAGUGCGGGGCGGCGUUCACCCAGCAGGGUCACCUGAAGGUUCACCAGCACACCCACACCGGGAGGAAACCCUACAAAUGUGCGGAGUGCGGGGCGGCGUUCGCCCAGCAGGGCGGCCUGACGGCGCACCAGCGCACGCACACCGGGGAGAAGCCGUACCGCUGCAACCAGUGCCACGCCGCCUUCUCGCAGUCGGGCGGCCUGAAGACGCACCAGCGCACGCACACCGGGGACAAACCGUACCGCUGCGACCUGUGCGGCGCGGCGUUCAAAACCUCCGGCUACCUCAGGAUUCACCGCAACAUUCACCGGAGGGAGAAGGUGUUUGUGUGUGAGCGGUGCGGAGCCGUUUUCACCAGCGCUCACGGGUUAAAGAAGCACACGAGUAGCCACGCUGGCGGGAAAGAAACAGUUCUGACGUCCAGAUCCCCCGCCGGAAAGAAACAGUUCUGACGUCCAGAUCCCCUGCUGGAAAGAAACAGUUCUGACGUCCAGAUCCCACCAGGAAAGAAACAGUUCUGACGUCCAGAUCCCCCGCCGGAAAGAAAUAGUUCUGACGUCCAGAUCCCACCAGGAAAGAAACAGUUCUGACGUCCAGAUCCCCCGCUGGAAAGAAACAGUUCUGAUGUCCAGAUCCCACCAGGAAAGAAACAGUUCUGACGUCCAGAUCCCACCAGGAAAGAAACAGUUCUGACGUCCAGAUCCCACCAGGAAAGAAACAGUUCUGACGUCCAGAUCCCCCGCUGGAAAGAAAUAGUUCUGACGUCCAGAUCCCCCGCUGGAAAGAAAUAGUUCUGGCGUCCAGAUCCCACCAGGAAAGAAAUACCGUAUUGGUCCGAAUAUAAGACAACCCUGAUUAUAAGACGACCCUCUUUUUCAAGACUCAAGUUUGAAAAAAGACUUUUUGAACACCAAAUUCAAUUUUUAUACAGAAAAUAAUUGCAGUACAUCUGAAACAAAUGAUUAUAACAAUAUAUUCGAGAGAAUUUCCCAGCAUUAUGUUGUUUUGGUUCCACCUCCUGGUGAAUGUUGGUCAAAUUCUUAUGUGGUUACUUUUUGACUUUUUUCACAAUAUUUUGACUUUUUUCUCGACAUUUUGACUUUUUUCACAAAAUUUUGACUUUUUUCUUGACAUUUAAACUUUUUUCUCGACAUUUUGACAUUUUUUCUCGACAUUUCGACUUUUUUCACAAAAUUUAGACUUUUUUUCUCGACAUUUCGACUUUUUUCACAAAAUCUUGACUUUUUUCUCGACAUUUCGACUUUUUUCACAAAAUUUUGACUUUUUCUCGACAUUUAGAUUUUUUUCACAAAAUUUUGACUUUU